AUACCACGGCAUCUUAUAACACCGACGUCAUAUAUAUAUAUAUUUUUUUUAUUUCGUCAGAAAAACGGGUCGACGCCACAAAUCAAAAUGGCGGCGGCGAAUUAUCGUUUGGCAUCGGGAAAAAGAAACGAAAGAUAAAAAUCGGUAUCCUGUAUAUUUAGUGAAAUGGAAAUAGUUAGCAAUAUAAUAAACGAAGAGAGCGGUAAUCGUAAGAGAAGUCGCAUUUCUCACAUCUGCAGCGGUAAAUGUCUGAGAUACGCCAUUUUAGGUUUAGCGUUGAGUUCCGUCUUCGUCGCCACUCUGCUUUGGUAUUUCUGCGACGAAAGGAAUUGUUUCGCCAAAAACUCCUUCCCUUUCGUCUUCAAUUCGUCCAGAUCUUUGGUUAAACUUCGACCCAGCAACAGCCACAUACGUCAGAUUCCAGUUUUCCGUCACGACAAACUGUCCAUGAGCCAAUUCGACUUUAACAUUAGAGCUUGGGACGUCGUCGUCUUUCUUCACAUCCAGAACACGGGAGGAAACGUCUUCGCUAAGCAGCUGGUCGAAGAUCUGAAUCUAGAAAAGCCUUGCGUUUGCAAGAAGAAUCGUCGCCGGUGCGUGUGUUGGCGACCCAACAGAAUCGGAAGCCCUUGGCUCUUCAGUAGAUAUACCAUGGGAUGGAAGUGUGGAGUUCAUCCCGACUGGACCGAACUUACCAAUUGUGUCGACAGGGUGGUGGACGAAGAGGAGGGAAGACCGAUUAAGAGAAGGUACUUUUUCAUUACUCUCUUACGGGAUCCCGUAAAACGUUUCCUGAGUGAAUAUUGGCAUGCCAGACAGGGACUUAAUUGGCGCUCUUCUCGCCACUGGUGCAACGGAAAAGAAACGACACCCAAUGAAUCUUGUUUUGAAGGGAAGGAUCUUCAAGAGUUAACUCUCGAUGAAUUUUUAUCGUGUACCAACAACUUGGCUCUGAAUCGUCAGACAAGAAUGUUGGCCGAUCUGACAUUAGUAGGUUGUUACAACACGUCGUUCAUGUCAGUGGAAGAGAGAAAUUUACUUUUAUUGACCAGUGCUAAAAACAAUCUUCACAAAAUGGCUUUCUUCGGAUUGUCAGAAUUUCCCAAAAUGUCCCAAUACAUGUUCGAGAGCAUUUUUAAUCUAUCGUUUGUCGAAAAAGAACAGCAACUACAUAACAUUUUUGGACGGCGAACCCGGAGAAAAUUUUCGGAAGACAUAAAUGCCAAGGAUAUAAAAAAAAUUGAGCAAUUAAAUCAGCUAGAUAUUGCAAUAUAUCAAUAUGCAAAAGAUUUAUUAUUUCACAGAUUCGAGAAAUUAAAAAAUAUAGAUCCUCAUUUCAAGAAUAAUUUUGAAAUGAUUAAGAAAAGUCAGUUGUCUAGUGUAGAUUGGGCAGAGAAAGAAGAUUCGAUAGAUAUUUUGUAACAAAAAACUCAAAGUUUCAGCUAAUAUUUAGCGAUUAAUGAUGCUACAUUAGGCAUAUCGCCAUUAUUAUCCUUUAUAAGGGUUUGAAAUUAUUUUGUUAUUGUGCCAAAUAUUAUUUUCUUAUUUAUUAUUUUUACAACUUAAAUAUAUACAUAUAUAUAUUGUAAAGAUAAGCAUCUUUAUCAUCAUAUUAUAUUUUUGUAAGUAUUAUGAUUUUAAAAUUUAAAAAAAACUGCUUCCUGGAACAGAAACUUCAGCAUUUAGCAAUGCAAUUAUACCUAAUUUUAAACAAUUUUUAAAUUUGACAGAAAAAUAAUGCUGUUUAAUAGUUAAAGUAAAGCAGUGGUGCACUGAAGAUUUAAUCUUGAGGAAGCAGAGUUGAACAGAUAAAAAUUUUUAAUGCAAACACAAUAAAAUUCCCACCUUAUGUAACUGCUAAUUCAUAUGUAAUAUAGAAAUAGAAGACACAACACAAUAUAAAUAAAAAAAAUGAAUUUUAAUUAGGUAAAUAUUUUUGGAAAAUUUAUUAGGGUUUCUUUUACUUUGGAGGUAUCAUGGCCCCUUGGUCCAUCCCCAAAUGCACCACUGAAUUAAUGCAAUAUUCAAAAGAUAGGUACAGUAUUUAUUUUAAUAAAUAGCAUUCUGUCUAUAAUUUUUUCAUCUUUCAGCUUUGCUAUUUGUUAGUUAUGCUUACUAUUCGACAAUGACUUUUAUUUCUAUUCUCUAGAAAGUAGGUGCAACUUCUUUAUUAUUAUUUGGCCUGCAGUGCAACACUCAAUGUGCUCAUACUUUAUUUCCACAUAUGGCAAGAAUGACAAUGUCGAAUAGAAUAAGAUAUAUCCUAUCUAUAACUUUUUGUCUUGCAACCAUGUCAUUUAUUAGAAUAAAUUAUGGUAUUUUAAAUUAUGCGAGGCAACUGUCAUAAAUUUAAUUCAUAUAAAGAAGUUUCUCGUUCCUGACAGCAGUUUUCUAUCAUCAAGUAAUUUUAAAUUUGCAUAGCGAAAAUAUUAUUUAAGAAUUGAGAGAGUGAUAAAACAGCGUAAUUCAAAAGAUAAAUGGUAAUGGUCGUCCAGACACCAAUGUAAUCAAGAAUACGAAACGUAUGUGAUGACAAUGUCAUUUAAAUAUGUUAUUUCAAUUGCAUCUAUUGAAAAUACUUUUAAUCCAUUAAAAAAAAAAAAAAGCUUACAUAUGUCGAAAAAAAUUAAAUUUAAUAUGUAUAUUUAGACAAAU